AUCAUGGUUCCUUACUUAGACUAUCAAAUUCUUUCUUGAGCAACCAACUAAAGGUAUUACUCCAUACUUCUUGCUUCAAACAUUCAGUUAUUUGAAUUUGACCCCUCUAACUUCACUAUCAAACAGUGAAAUUUGCAUAAACUGUAGAAACUUUGAAUUCAAAGAUUCUUACCAAUCCACAACAGGAAUUUAUUUUAAGAUCUGUCAUCAGAUCUGCCCAUUUUACUUUCUCCAAUCUCCCAUUUUCCUCAAUCUCCGGCACAAUAUCCAGAAAAACCCCUUCAUCCCGUUAUAACCCUUCAAUCUUCAGUAUCAUUUUGCUGUAUAACAAGGGAAAAAGGGAUAGAAUCACCCAAAUUAUUAGAAUUUCAAUUAAAUUAAUAAACCCUUUAGUCAAAUCAGUGUAAAGUUUCAAUCUUGCUUCAAAAUUGGACUUAUUUUUGCAUUAUGCAAUCAACCCAGAUUGUAAUCUGAAAAGAUAAGCUAAAAUCCCAUUCAAUAUCACAAUCUAAUUCCUAAAUCCCCAAAUGGGUUCUAAUCAAUCAGUCCAAACUCUAGAAGAUGAGGAAGAAGAUGAAGAAGAAGAUGAACAUGGAGUAACAGGACAAGGAGAUUCACACACUGUAAAGAAGGUUCUAGAACAAGAACCAGAGAUGUUACCAUGUUAUGCUUCAGCUUCACCUCUUUCUCCACAGUUAUCCUCUCUUGGAACUCCAAGGAUGGGACCCUCAAUCAAGGUGUGGGACCCUUACAAUGUUCUUGCACCGCCUCCGCCACUUCCACCACCACCAUCUGUGAGCUUUGGUCGCAGUUACUCAUCUGACGGGAUGUUGAUAAUGGAAGAUGAGAAAGAAAGAGGGAUUUUGUUGGAGGUUUAUUUGAUCAGUCAUGGAGAAAGUGAGAUGAGUUUAAGGCCUGAUUUGAUAAAUGGGAGAUGCCCAGAUUCUGGUUUGACUAAUAAUGGGAAGAGACAAGCUAGGGCUUUGGCUGUUUUUCUGAAUUCUCAAGGUGUUAGGUUUAAUGCUGUUUAUACUUCCCCUUUGGAUCGAGCUAAAGCUACUGCUGUUUCUGUUUGUCAGGAGAUGAGUUUUCCCGAACAACAGAUACAAACAGCUGAUGCACUCUCGGAUAUGAGCCAGGGCCACUGGGAGGGAUGUCCACGCUCCGAAAUAUAUACUCCCGACAUACUGAAUUUAGUUGAUAAACUCCAGCCAGAUUUUGCUGCACCUUCUGGAGAGUCACUAAGGCAAGUGGAAUUCCGAGUGGUUCAGUUUUUGAAUGCGACAUUACUCGUACUGCCCGAAAAACUCCGUUCAGAUUUUCUUUCACCUCGCCCAAAUGAUGGCAGGUUUCCACAGCAGAACUCACACAACUAUUCCAACUCUAUUAGUGAUCGUGAUGGGCCAUCUUACCCACCACCCCAAUGUGAUUUGCUCUACAGACACCGACAAUUAUCCAGGAAAAAGUCCGGGAAAAGCAGGCUGCAAGUGGUUACCACAACAGGCGAUAACAACUACCAUGAGGAAGAGAUGUCCCCCAAAGAGCCGAGUCGUCAAAACUCGAUUAAUGAAAUGAAUGCUAGGAAUUCCUCGACUUGUAUCGGAGUUUUUAGUCACUCGGUUCCUAUCAAGUGCCUUUUAACGGGUAUCCUCGGUUGCAGCCCGUUGAUGUCCCAUAAGCUAUGUGUAGAGGAGUCGUCUGUGACCGUGUUGCAACAUUCUUGGAGAACUGGUUGGCAGAUAAAACGAUUGAACGAUACUGCGCACCUAAGGCUUCUCUAGUCCUCUGAAACUCCGAUUUUGGACAAAUAUUGCAAGGAGCCAUUGCUUGGUUUUUUUUGUUGCUUUCCCACUCUCCAUGUUUUGCAUAUGUAAUUGCAUCUUUUGUUCUUAGUGUAACCUUAUACCCAUAUUUAUUUCAUGAUUCCUCAACCCCAUAUUAAGCAAUGGAGUUGGGUAUUUUCUUGAGUAAUUGUUUUCAAUGUGUAAACAUUCUUUAACAGAGGGAUUUUGUUAUAAAGACAUGAAGUUGCACAAUUAGGGAAUGAGAAUAAUCUCUGUGAUUGCCUAUCA